AUGUUUAGGCUAGUUAACAGACCUAUGUAACAGGUAAAAACAUGUAGCUAGCUAGUCAGACCAAGGUUGACUCCAUAAAGCUUACUAAAGUGAUCUGGUGCAGUGGGUUUCUAGGAAUAGGCUAAACAGCCUUUGGGGACACCUGUUGUUAGAGCUGGGGUUUGAGUGGCUACCAGGAGGCACCUUCUCUUUACACUCUCUCAUCCAUAACUGUCUGAGCAAUCUUCUGUGAUUCACCGUCCAUUUUGAAGGUGCAAAUCCUUGUGUGACGUAGCCUAUGCAAUUGUUUGUGUUUUUGGAAUCAUUGUUUUCAAGGCAUUCCGCUUUUGAAUGGACUUGCGUUGUACAGAAAGCGCUUCUUGGAUGUAGGUAGGUGGGCAAAGUGAGAUGCAAACAAACUCGUCAAUGCAUGGCCCUCAUCAGAACUGAAACCCUUGUCUCUCCAUUGUCUCCUGGAGGACAGGAGCACACAGUCUACUCUCUGUUGGAUGGCCUUAUUUGUUGUGCUGAAGCACAAGUUGUGGCCCAGCUGAAUAAAGAGGACUUGUUGCCAUGGAGAUUCUCUCCAGUGGCACCCCAUGGAACACAACCACCCAAGUUUAUCUGACUGUGAUUACCAAUGAUUAUAGACACUCAUAGGAAGACAUGAUGAUCAUGAAGACCAUGGUUCUGAAGUACAUUUUGUGACACGUCGGUUGCACCUUAGAUUUGUCUGGCUGAGGAGGAGGUAAAGACCGAGUCCGAUGUGGUAGAGGGGAUGGAUGUGUCCAUGCGAUCCAAAGUGUCUGACCCUGGGUCAGUAGAGCGGUCGCUGGUGGCUCAGAAGAGGAAGGUGUCCAGCCCCACCCACUCCUCCAACGGCCACUCCCCCUCAGACACCUCCCCCAGCCCCCUGAAGAAGAAGAAGAAACCUGGAGCCGUCCAUAGCAACAACAAAGACCAGUCAGAGCUAAGACAUGGUCCCUUUUACUAUGUGAAGCAACCAUCACUCACCACAGACCCUGUUGAUGUUGUACCGCAGGACGGCAGGAAUGACUUCUACUGCUGGCUGUGCCACCGCGAGGGCCAGGUGCUCUGCUGUGAGCUCUGCCCGAGGGUGUACCAUGCCAAGUGCCUCAAACUGCCAGCAGAGCCCGAGGGCGACUGGUUCUGUCCAGAGUGUGAGAAAAUCACAGUAGCAGAGUGCAUAGAGACACAGAGCAAGGCCAUGACCAUGCUAACGAUAGAUCAGCUCUCAUACCUGCUGAAGUUUGCCCUCCAGAAGAUGAAACAGCCAGGGACUGAGCCCUUCUGGAAGCCUGUGUCUCUGGAGCAGCACCCUGACUAUGCCGAGUACAUAUUCCACCCUAUGGACCUCGCAACACUGGAGAAGAAUAUGAAAAAGAAAAUGUAUGGCUGCACGGAAGCCUUCUUGGCUGACGUGAAAUGGAUCUUGCACAACUGCAUCAUCUACAAUGGUGGUAAUCACAAACUAACAGCAACAGCAAAGGUCGUCGUGAAGAUCUGUGAACAUGAAAUGAAUGAAAUCGAGGUCUGUCCAGAGUGCUACCUGUCCUCGUGCCAAAAGAGGGACAACUGGUUUUGCGAGCCAUGUGGUCACACCCACCCCCUGGUAUGGGCAAAGCUGAAGGGCUUUCCCUUCUGGCCAGCCAAAGCACUGCGGGAGAAAGACGGACAGGUGGACGCACGCUUCUUCGGACAGCAUGACAGGGCGUGGGUUCCCCUCAACAACUGCUACCUCAUGUCCAAGGAGAUUCCCUUCUCUGUGAAGAAGACCAAGAGCAUUUUCAACAGCGCCAUGCAGGAGAUGGAGGUCUACGUGGAAAACAUCCGCAAGAAGUUUGGUGUGUUCAACUACGCCCCCUUCCGCACCCCCUUCACGCCCAACAACCAGCUCCAGAUGCUGCUGGAUCCAGCCAACCCCGGGGCAGGGGCCGUGAAGAUGGAGAAACCCGACAAGAUGCGCUUCAACUUCGACAUGACCGCAUCUCCCAAGAUGCUCCUGGGCAAGAGCUCUCUGUCGAGCGGGAUGGGGCGGAGGAUCUCUCUGACGGACAUGCCUCGCUCUCCCAUGAGCACCAACUCCUCUGUACACACGGGGUCUGACGUGGAGCAGGAUGGGAUGGAGAGAGGGCCCAGGAACCCCCCAUUCCACUACAGUGCUGGGGAGGAGUCUAUGGACUACACCGCGUCCCCUGCCUCAGUGAAGAUGGGCCAUGCAGGCAGCUUGACGGGCAGCCCCAAGCCCUUCUCCCCUGGUCUGGUGCCCAAGCAGGAGAGGGCCCCGGGCACAGGCAGCAUCCUCAACCUCAACCUGGAUCGUGUGAAGGCUGAGAUGGACCUGAAGGAGCUCAGUGAGGCAGUACAGCAGCAGCAGCAGCAACAACAACAGGGGUCAUCACUCACCACCACCACCCCCAAGAGACCCAUCAGGAGCCUGGACAAGACCAUCGAGAGCUGCAAGGCCCAACUAGGCAUUGAUGGGAUCUCUGAGGACGUGUAUAAGGGCGUGGAACACAGUGACUCAGAGGAUUCCGAAAAGUCUGACUCCAGCGACAGCGAGUACCUUAGCGACGAGGAGCACAGACCGAAGAGCGUGGACAAGGACAAAGCAGAGAGGGAGUCGAGGAAGAGGCCCAAGGCGAGCACACAGGGAGAGGACAAGGAGGCAGUCACAGGGACCAGGGAUAAAAAAAAAACUGAAGCUCUACUCAAAGACAGACAGGGCAGCAAUGGCCCGGAGAGAGACUCCCAGGAGCCCAGGACGCCCCAAACUCAGCCCCCCACAGAUAUGCCCAAGGCCCCAGAGGAGGGGAGGGCAGGCGCACCCCAGGCCCUGGCUGGCCCAGACCAGGACUCCGACUCGGAGAGGGAGCUGGUGAUUGACCUGGGGGAUGAGCAGGGGGGUCGCGACCGUAAGGCCAGGAGGGAGCCAGGGGCUGCAGCCACUAAGGCCACGAAGCUGGAAGGCAAAUUCCCCGCCGCAGUGACGCCCUCUCCAGCCUCUGCCACUUCGUCCAACCUCAAAGACCCCAGUCAGCCCCUCAUCAACCCCCCACUCAACCUGUCCUCCAGCACAGGCUCUGGUCAGCCCAACACGGCCCUCACCACCACCCCCUCUCCAGCCCCCACCUCUGCCCCCACCCUCUCCUCCGCCGCCGCCUCAGCAGUGAAGAAGCAGCGCCCUCUGCUGCCCAAAGAGACUGCUCAGGCAGUGCAGCGUACGGUGGUGUGGAACCCGGCCAACAAGUUCCAGACGUCAUCCCAGAAGUGGCACAUGCAGAAGGUGCAGCGGCAGCAGGAGGAGCAGCCGUCUACGCCAACACAAACACAGGUUCCUGUUCCGGUCCAGCCGCCGACGCAGGCACAGACACGCAGCCCACAGCAGCUCCAGUCACAGCAGCAGUUGCAGGCAUCCUCCAGUACACGCUACCAGACCAGACAGGCAGCAAAAGCCGUGCAGCAGAAAGAUGGUCCCCAGACCUCCACCUCAUCAGUCACCUUGGUCACCUCUGUUGCCUCCUCCUCCUCGUCUUACCUGGCAGGAGACUUUCAGAUCCCCACAGCUUCAGCAGAUGUGGCAGCUGACAUAGCAAAGUACACCAACAAAAUGAUGGACACGAUAAAAGGGACGAUGACAGAAAUCUACAACGACCUUUCCAAAAGCACUUCAGGAAACACGAUCACAGAGAUCCGGCGGCUGAGGAUAGAGAUUGAGAAGCUUCAGUGGCUACAUCAGCAAGAGCUUUCGGAGAUGAAGCACAAUCUCGAGCUGACUAUGGCGGAGAUGAGACAGAGUCUGGAGCAGGAGAGGGAGCGUCUGGUAGCAGAGGUGAAGAAGCAGAUGGAGGUGGAGAAACUGCAGGCGGUGGAUGAGACUAAGAAAAAGCAGUGGUGUGCCAACUGCAGGAAGGAAGCAAUUUUCUACUGCUGCUGGAACACCAGCUACUGUGACUACCCCUGCCAGCAAGCCCACUGGCCAGAACACAUGAAGUCCUGCACACAGUCAGCAACAGCUUCUCAGCAGGAACCAGAGGCGGAGUCUACCUCUGACCCCUCAGCCAAACCACCAGGUCACUCCUCCAGCGCCCAGUACCCCUCUGGCACAGGAUAUGUCCCCACAGACAAAGGCCCCUCUCCUACCUGCAGUGUGGACAAGAGCAAGGACAGUGCCAAUGCUACUGUGCCCUAACCACUACACUGCACACACAGAUGUACUACUCUACAAUCCUACAGUCUGUAAAAUGUAUGUAUUUGUCCCGAAGAGACCGGUCCAAUAAACCAAGGCUUUUUGCGACCAACUAAUCUGGGAAUGUCCAGCGAAUCUCUGUAUGAAAGACCACAGAGGCAUCAAAACCACCACACCCUCACCUAGCUGGGCUUAGGGCUUAAAAACGUCAUGGACACUCCUUGUAUAAAGGCCUGCUCCUCUGUGAUUCAACUGACUCAUCCCCAGUCCCUUGUUUUGUUCAACGUCUGCCUUGUGAUCCGAUGUUUCAAGCCAUCCUUCAUCCUCCUCAAAGUCUAUGUGCUAGACUGGAGGAUUCACUUACCUUGUCCUUCAGUCUAUACAUUUUCAUACCCUCUCUUUGCUCUUUUCAUCCUCUUUUUAUAUCCCUCUUACCAUCUACCCUAACGCUAGUUAUCUCCAGGAAAGUGCAUCAAAAGAUCAGACAUCAAUGUUUUGUGUGUUCUUACAACAAUCUUAUACUUGAAACCUGUGAUGCUGCUCUUUAAAAUAUACCACAAGUCUUUAUAGUUAUUUGCAACCAGAAGUGAAACUGGUUACUGUGCCAGCUCUUUUUGGGACACCCAAACGAUCUAAAAUGUAAAUGAUUCUACAUUGUCAAUGCGGUUUAAAGGUUUCAUCAUUUUCAAAGGAGUUGACAGGGUGUAUUUGAAAAUCCAUAAACAGUAUACACAGACAUUUCAUUCAAGGGAUAGCAUUAAAUUGGUAAUCACUCUCCCUGUGUGUAUGUUAUUGUUUCAUACUCAUUAUAUAUCGUAGUUCCUCAGCGUAUACAUACAUUUAAAUAAACUGUGAUGUAUAAAAAAUAUAAAAAGGUUAAAACUGUACAAAGUUUUUGUAAUAAGACACAUGGACAAUAUUUAUAGUGCUAUGACAAGCAUAUGAGAUUUUUUAAAGUACUGUUUGUGAAUGAAAAUCACUUUCCAAAUGUUUUGAAACGGCUUGGCUCUGGAAAUCGUUUUUAUUUAAAUGCAUUGUAAGACUUUAUAUGAAUGUCACCUGGACCCUCUGUUCAGAUUCUGUCAGAACUAUUUGUCUCAUCAACCUUCGUUGUUGUGGUUAUUCAUUAACAAUGUAAGCCUACUCCAAAAUUACUUCGGACUAUGAUAGUGUUUUUGGAGGGUAAAGGAAACAGCAAAAGUGACUGUAUAUUAUUCUGAGCAUGUUUAUUUACCCCCCUUUUUUUGUCAUAUGUUCUCUUGUUUACAUAUUGUAUAGUAAAUUGAUUGUUAAUGUCUUUAAGAAGAAAAUUAAAACAGGUCUAACCAA